AUGUCCUCCACUAAGCUCCACCCUCCUAACAGGGACAGCACGCAACCUAAUCCCCUCCCGCAACUUCUUCAGACUCCCUCCGGCCUAGCCAUCCUCGAACUCCAAGGCACCAUCAACCUGCCCCGCAACGCCGACGGCGAGGCCCUCGAAGACGACGACUUCAGCUUCGGCCGGCUCGACUUCCCGCUCUACGACCCGGAUGCCGUAGAGGGGUCAGCCUGGAUGAAGCGCGUCUACAUGUAUGUCGGGCAGCACCAGCGGCUGGCGGGCGAGGUCAAGAAGCUGCCCAGGGCCCUGGCCGUCGUGCGUCGUCGCCAGGCCAGAGGUGAUAGGGAGCAGGAUCUCGAGGUCGUCGAGAUUGUCAAGUACAAGCUUCUGUUUGCGGGGAGACCGGAGCCCGUGGGCACGGAGCAUGCUCCCGCUUGA